AUGGGAAGGGCACCGUGUUGUGACAAAGCCAACGUGAAGAAAGGGCCUUGGUCUCCUGAGGAAGAUGCCAAACUCAAAGAUUACAUCGAGAAUAGUGGUACAGGAGGCAACUGGAUCGCUUUGCCUCAAAAGAUUGGUCUAAGGAGAUGUGGGAAGAGUUGCAGACUAAGGUGGCUCAACUAUUUGAGACCAAACAUCAAACAUGGUGGCUUCUCUGAGGAAGAAGACAACAUCAUUUGUAACCUCUAUGUGGUCUAUAAUUGCUGCACAACUGUCGGGAAGAACGGACAACGAUAUCAAGAACUAUUGGAACACGAGGCUAAAGAAGAAGCUUCUAAACAAACAAAGGAAAGAGUUUCAAGAAGCUCGGAUGAAGCAAGAGAUGGUGAUGAUGAAGAGACAACAAGAAGGACAUGA